AUGGAUGAAGUAUUUGAGCCUGACACAAUCGACGUUCAAGUUGAUGAUUUUGUAAAAACCAAAUCAGUUUCAAGAUGCAAAGAUGAAUUCCUUAAUGUUCUUUAUGAAGACAGUGAUGACGAACCAGUGGAAGGUGAAGGAGAAAAUGUUCGAGUAGAACUAGAUGAUGAGGAAAACACUGACGAAUCUAGUGAUGAAGAUGAAAUCAUAUACUCCAUCCAUAAUCUGAAGGUCAAAUGGAAUGUGAUGAAACCGGUUAUUGGAGAAAGAAGUGUGAUAGUGUUAGACUAG